GUGGGGUGUUUGACGUGCGGUGAAACCUCAGGUGCCAGCAAACUGUAUCGCCCUUAAAAACCCUGGGCGUUACUGCGCUGCACCUCUCUUCCGCUUUGCAGCUUCAUCUCAAAAAAAAAAAAAAAAAAAAAUACCCCUUCCCAGCUUCGCCUUGGGGCGAGAUCACCGAGCUCCAAGAACCCCUGGGUAGAAUAGCGAGAGGGAACUUUCUGCAUUGCUCUUAUCCAAAAAAGCUGAUUGUGACGUAAAACGGAGAAAGAUUUGGAGAAAAGUUCAAAAAAGGGGAAGGAAAACCUUCAAAUUCGCUUAAAUCAGUGGAGUCAUGAAUUUGAGAAGGGAUUAUCGUAGCACCAGAGCUGCUCUCUUUGAUGGCAUUGAAGAGGGUGGAAUCCAAGCUUCAUCCUACAGCUCUCAUGAAAUUGAUGAACAUGAAAAUGAUCGAACUAUUGAAGGACUACAGGGCAGAGUAAAUAUUCUAAAGAGUUUGACAGGUGACAUACAUGAAGAGGUUGAGAGUCAUAAUCGUAUGCUUGACCGAAUGGGCAAUGAUAUGGAUGCAUCUAGGGGAAUCCUCUCUGGGACAAUGGAUCGAUUCAAGAUGAUUUUUGAGACCAAAUCAAGUCGCAGAAUGGCUACCCUUGUGGCAUCUUUUGUAGCUCUCUUCCUGCUCGUAUAUUACUUGACCAAAUAGCUACCCGAGCUUUUCUGUUAAGCUAAGACAAUUAGCUUUGUCAAGAACUUGAAAACAUACCCUUAAUUCUCUGCCUAUGCUGUAAUUCUUAUGACAAUGUAUCAGUGUGUAUAGUAUUUCCCUUGCAACAUGUUAACGUAUAAGACCUAAUGUACCUCGAGGAUCCAUUUUUCUCAUCAUUUGCUGUAAUCAUAUAGCGGUGCAUGAGCUCGUGCAAUCUUAUCGUUGCUGUGCCAAAAAGGUUUUAAAAGCAUUCAGCUGCAAUCAAUCAUGAUUUUCAUGAUGGGUCUUU